CAAACCGGAAGCCGCACGUUUUCGUGAAAUGAUCUGUCAGAAUUUGUAAAUAAGUUGUUUUAACGGCUCUUAUAAGAUCGAGAUUGCUUUUUUUUUAUAAACAGCACAUCAGUGAUUUAUUUAAUAUAUUUUGAUUAUAAACAGUGUUUUGUUUUAUUUAUGUUCGAUAUAAUUGUCGAGUAGACUGCAAAUAUGUUUCAUAAACCAUUUCGAGUAAAAACACAGACUGCCAUCAAAGGUUCUGACAGGAAACGGCUGAGGGCGGAUCUAGGUAAGCUGUAUCCGAAACUCUCGCCCGAUGACCUGACAACCAUGGUUCCCCAGAAAGAGGACAUGUCGAUAACUAAGAUCAGCACCCAUGGUGGACAGACGGCUGUGGUCUAUUGUCUGCAGAAGAACCCCAUUUUCUUUGACCUGUAUGGCAAGAUCUACCCUACAGUUUACACAAUGUGGAAGUAUCCUGACUUUCUGCCUCUGUUCACAACAUGGCCGCCAGUGUUCAAGAAGCUUGCAGGAGGGGCAGAUUUGAUGUUGCCAGGUGUUGUAGUCAAAGGGGGGGUAACUCUUACCACAUUUGGGAAAAUGGCUAAGGGAGCCAUGUGUGCGGUCAGCUUGGUUGGCAACAGGGCAGCUGUGGCGGUGGGGACCGCCUGUCUGUCGGGAGAAGACAUGUACAUGUCGGGCAUGAGAGGCAAGGGUGUCGAGGUUGUUCACAUCCUGGGGGACCAGUUGUGGGAGUUUGGUGAUCAGUCCAAUCCCCCAGACCUCGGUGAUGAUGGUUUAAUGGAGUUGCUGGAAGCAGCUCAGCAAGAUGGCAGUGAUGGUGAUGAUGAGGGAAAGUUGGAUGGUGAAGUUGAGGCGACAGCAGUGUCUGGGAGUGUCCAGAUAGCUCAGGGAGUGGAGGAUCUCGCCUUAGACAACUGUGACGUGCAAUCAGGGGGAGACAACUCCGGUGGAGCGACAGGUGGCACGGAGGAGGAGGAGGCUCGGGAUUCAGUAGAGGUAAUGGAUGAACGAUUAAAAACUUGUUGCCUGUGUGCCCUGAAGUCUAAAGUCAAGAAGAGUGACCUCCCUUUGUUAACCAGUGCCUUCUUCAAGAACUACAUGCAGCCAUUUUGUCCAGCUGGUCAGUCCAUUGAUGUGAAAAAGUCAAGUUUUAAAAAGUUGUCCAAGUUCCUGCAGCACAUGCAGAAGCAGGGGCUGUUGAAGACGAAGGAGCUGUCCAAGGGAGCUGACAGUAUUGUGGAGGUAGACAAGUCUCAUCCCGACUUGAGGUUGCUUGAAGUCCCCGAUAUAGUGGUGGAGGUGCCGUCGGUGUCUGCAAGUAGGGAGGACAGUGAGUACCAGCCCCCGAAGAUCACAGAGAUGUUCACGGUGACCUCGGCCGUGCUGCCGAUCUUCAAGGGCCAGGGAUACAAUAAGAAUCAUGCCUUGUCAGCUCCCGACGUAAGGAAGGAAGUCACGGAGUAUGUCAGGGCACACAAUCUCCAGGGUGAAGAGACGAAAAGUCAAGUUCUGCUGGAUCCGGAUCUUGCUCAUAUUUUGCUGACCAAGCAAGAAGGAGACAUGUCCCAUCUCAAGUGGGAUGACCUGUUCUCUAGGGUUGUGGACAAGAUGCAGCCAGCUUUCCAGUUGGAGUUUUCUGGCAAGCCCCCUGUGUUGAAGAAGGGGAAGAUCGAGCCUAUCAAACUCAGUGUGGAGCAGAGGGCAUCCAAUAAAAAGGCAACUGUCAUAGACAACCUGGAGAAUUUUGGCAUCGACCCAGCAGCAUUUGCCCACACCGUCCAGAAGAGUGUGUCCUGCAGUUCGUCCGUGGUGCCGCAUCACCAGAAGAACAAGGGUAUGCAGGUGCUGGUGCAGGGAAACCAGAUUGCCUUCAUUGCAGAUCUACUUCUAGACAAAUACAAGGUACCACGGAAGUAUGUUCAAGGACUGGAAAAAGCACCGAAAAAUAAACGAAGAUGAUAUUUUCUAGGACUAGCAGAGAAAUAAAGAGAUUAAAUUAUGAA